AUGAAGCUGUUUUUCAUUUUGGCUGCUACCACCUUCAUCUUUUCUGUCCACUGUGACUAUGCCAGUGGUGGGGGCGGAGGAUCCGGAUAUUCUGGAGGAGGUGGUGGGGAUUCUGCUCCACCAUCUGCUCUCGUAGACGCUGCUUCAGCUCCAGCCCCUGAACCAGCACCAGCUCCUGAAGCCGCUCCAGCACCAGAGCCUGCUCCAGCACCAGCUCCAGAUGCUGCUCCAGCUGCACCAACCGCCGAUGCUGGAGGCUAUGCAGCCGCUGCUCCUGCCGGUGGAGUAUCUUACCCAUCGAAGAAGAGAAGAGUCGUCCGCGCUUAUGAAGAUAGUGCUGCUCCACCAGCUCCACCACCUGUCGAAGCUGCUCCAGCUCCAGCUUCAGAUGCUGCACCAGCGCCUGAAGCUGCACCAGAGUCUGCACCAGCUGCGGCACCUGAAGCCGCUCCAGCUGCACCAACCGCCGAUGCUGGAGGCUAUGCAGCCGCUGCUCCAGCCGGUGGAGGAUCUUACCCAUCGAAAAAGAGAAGAGUCGUCCGCGCUUAUGCCGAUAGUGCUGCCCCACCAGCCCCACCAGCUGUGGAAGCUGCUCCAGCUCCAACGUCAGAGGCUGCACCUGCUCCUGGACCAGCGAAAGUAGCUGAAGUCGCUCCAGCGCCAGAGCCUGCUCCAGCUGAACCUUCCGCCGACGCCGGAGGAUAUGCUGCUGCCGCCCCAGCGGCAGGUGGAGGAUCCUAUCCAGCCAAGAAGAUGAUGCGAUUCUCUCGAAUCGCUGUCUAA